AUGAUUGAAGACAGGCGAGUGAUCAAUGACUGUCUAGCUGCAGCCGAGUCAUCAACAGACUCGGCGGACGUACACUCAAGCGGUGGAAGUAGUAGCGUGGUUCUUAUUCCUUGCACCCUGUCCCUUAUCCAAAUAUGCCAAUUGUUCAUUUUUACUCCACCCAUCUCAAUACUGGGAGAGGAGUGGUCACCAUUCUGCAUGUUCUGCAACCUUCCUGCAUCCCAACCCUGGAGUCAGGUAGUUACCUCAGUAUCCAAAUCAACCCAUGCUUUGUUAAAAGCAAAGAGCGAUCUAAAGAACAUGCGCGAUUCACUGAAGGCUAUGUUCCACUCCCAAAUGUCUCGUCUGGAUGAUUUCAUUAAACAGGCGACAAUGGAACUUAAAGACGCCUGCAGCAAGUCGGUGGAUCGCAGUACUGCAAAUUUAAACGCCCUUAUUGCUGAGCGUCAAAAUGAAUUAGCGACCUUAAAAGAUCGUCAAGACGAGUCUUCAAAAGAUGACAGCUCCACCAGCAAUGCAUCCACUUGUAAACAAAUCUUUGUUGGGGGUAUCCUGCCAAAGACUAAUUGUAUGGAGUUGAGGAAAUACUUUUCGCACUAUGGAACUGUGGAGCACGCCUACAUAUCACCCUACAAAUUAUUCGGCUCUGUUACAUUUGAAAGUGAGGAGUCUGUGCGCAAGGCCAUCUCUCAACCCGAACAUUUUAUCUGCGGUAGAAGGGUUACAGUGGAGGAGUAUAUUCCCAAAAAAAGUUUACCUGUCUUGGAGCCGCAACCCUACAAAAAGGAGUCUCCAUCUACACACCCAUGGGAGGCACAAAAGGUCUUCAUCGGUGGUAUUUCGACCGAAUCGACGAUAGCCACAGUGCGGUCCGCACUAUCACGGUUGGGUCCGAUUGAGAAGAUCGAAAUGGUUCCUCAACAAGGCUUCGCCAUUGUGGUGUUUAAAGAACCUGAGACGGCUAAAUUGGCCAUUUCAACGCGUUGGUACACUGUGGAUGGUAAGAGGGUGGAAAUGCUACCCUAUGUACCUGAUAAGAAGACGCGUGAUGCUCUAGCACGAGUUACUUCUAGUCCUCAAUUGAUGAGGCAGAUCACACCUACACCUGUGCUACCUCCAGAGAAGCAAACAACAGUUUUUGUAGGUGGUAUUUCAUGGGAAACGACAGUGGACUCGUUGAAGUCAGCAUUAUCGAAGCUGGGUCCUGUACAGAAGGUCACUCUUCCUCCCACAAGAGGCUUCGCCAUAGUGGUGUUCGCACACCCCGAGACAGCAGAAUCGGCCAUCGCUACUCAUUGGCACCUUAUCGACAAUAAAAAGGUAGAACUGCUACCCUUCAUACCCAAUAGGGCGACCAAACUGAAAACUCUCGACUCUGGUGUUGCCAAUUCCAACGCACGGAAGUUGAUUAUCCGAGGACUAGAUGAGGGUACAACGUACACAGCCCUACGAAACUACUUCAUUAACUAUGGAGCGAUUGACUAUGUCAGCGCCACUGACACAGGGUCCUGGGUGUUGUUUAAGAAUGCCGAAUCUGUUGAUUUGGUUUUGAGUACUCAGCCCCACCUUAUUAGGGGCAAAAAGGUUGAGGAUUUUCGACCGCUACAUUCGCGUGCCAAGUACAAUUAUGCCAUUUCCGGUUGCCACGAGCUAGACGUUGUGCUGAACCAAAUUUUAGAAUACAUAAUUGAUGACUAUGUACGAUGCUGGUAUGCUCAAUUGACAAGCGAAUCGGAAUUUCCAGGUCAGUUGCACGCGGCUAUGGCGCAAUUGGCAGGUGAGGUAGCGAAACGCGCUCAACGUAUCGACUGGGUCCCUUUCAUGAUUGAAGGUAUCCCUAAUAUGGUUAUCGAGCAUCUUCGUAUUCAUCGGAGAUCUCUGGAAAGGCGAUCGCUCUCUAAUGCUGAAGAUCCGCUCAAGCUCUUCUUCGACGAAGAAUAUGAGAUGGAAAAACCAAUCUGUCGUGAGGAUAUUUGUACUUCAAGGGCGAAGGAACUGAAUCACCUUCGAAGAGUUACAGAUGUGUUUCUUUUCGCGAUUAUGCCGGAAGAUGACUAUCGAAUAGUAGCGGUGCGCUACCUAAUCAAGGAAAUACUUGUAAACGGUGUUCUACUGCCAGCUGUGAACAUUCUUGCUGAUUCGGACUUUGUAAAUCAAUCCAUUAUCAAACUGUGCAACGAAUCCGCAUUUGCUAGUCCCUACUUUAUCCAAUCCUUGCGGAUGUCAACACGAGAAGAUGAGUUGCAGACGGUGAAGGAACGUAUUGAGAUAUUUGCUGCCAAGUUACGUGGUCGCGAUUCUGGUGGUGAUGAUGGCAGUACUACUCCUAAUGACCGUAACUCAUGUCACACGGAGUUCAUUCCCAUCCAGACAUCGUUAUUCCAGGCGGAAGGUAACAGUGGCCGUGGUCGCAAUUGUGUGCGUGUGUCGCCCCAGCAGUCAUUCUGUGCGGAGCACCUGGGCGACACAGUCUAUCGUGCAACAAAUUUGUGCGAGAGCGACUCGCCUGAGGCUAUGGUGACCACAAUCCAUGCGGGUGUACUUAUAAACUUUUUUGAACCGAAGCUGCUCUACAGGCAUCGAAAAAAAGCUGAGCUACUUGUCCCCUUUUGUCUCUUCUUUAUGCCCAUAGACGCGAUGGUAAAAGCACAGUUGAACAGUCUGAAUUUCCUCGAGAAUAUUUGCGAUUCCCAAAUCACUGAAAUCAAGCGCGGACCCUCUCGAAUGCCAGGACAUCUCAUGGACGCAAUGGCAUCGGGAGCGGACGUCCUAUCCCAUACUAUGGUUGAUUUCACCUUUGAUGAUGUGAUGGCAAAUAACAUAGCCGUGUCAAAUUUCCUUGAGUUCCUCACUUCAAUCAAUGAACAAUCGUUGCUCAGCCUCUACUUGAAUUGUGUCGCCUACCGCGUAAACUCGGAGGAGUUGAUGAGUUCCAUCACUUCUUCAACCACCGACGCCACCACCGCUCCUAGUACCACGGUCUCCAAUGUUAUUUCAGAUGAAGGAGAUGAAUUUGGCAAUGCUUUAGGAUGGAACGAGAGCACGGAACAAGUGGAAAGGCUAGAGGUGGAGCAGCACGUGAUGUCAGCCCAGGAUCGUGAGACAAUGGAGGGGAUUCGUGCUUUCGGAGUUUCAAUGUGCAACUUGGUGAUGAAAAUCCUGCCCCAGGUUCCUGAGGCGACGGUUCAACAAUGUUUACGGAGUCUGACCACGCCUCUGGAAUCAAUUGAUCCCACCGUGUUUGUGGAUGUUGAAGAAGAGUUAAUACGUCUGCUUUCCUCGGAACAAUGCUUUGGAGCUUUCAAAAAGAGUCCCUUCUAUGCCCGCGCAGUGGAAGAAUUGGAAGUCUCCGACCUCACAGAGUCACCAAGACGUUUUGCAGCGAACAACGGUGAGGAAGUUCCAGAUACCACUUGCUCAUCGUCUAUCUCUUCGUCAUCGUCUCCGAUACUAAGUCGCGCAGCUUCUUCUGCAGUGUUUAGCGCCUCGUCAAAUUCAUCUCAGGGCGCCCAGUCUCAAUUCUAUUCGUCAUCAUCUCCAUCAUCGUUUUAUGCGGACUCCUACAGUGUGAAUGUUCUUUCUGGUGAAAUGGUUCGUGAUGGUUACGUUGUCUACACCUUGGAAGUGACUUAUCUAUCCUCCGUCUCUGGCCGUAGAUCCGUCUGGAGGACCUAUCGUCGGUACAGUCAGUUUGACGAUCUGCACUCAUGCAUCAUAGAACAGUGCGGAAGGAUUCCAACAUUGAAGUUGCCCAGUAAGAAGUCCUUCAGCAAUAUCAGUCUGGAAUUCAUUGAAAAACGACGUUUGGAGUUGGACGAAUAUCUAAAAGUUCUCUGUUCCAUUGAUGCCAGUGGCAAGUACCCGAAGUUACACCCCAUCCUGACGAGUUUUCUACAACCCGAGAAGUGGGAAAGAAGGAAGGCUCUUCAUCCCGGUGUCUCUUCACUGAUGAACCCAUUAAAGGCAAUGGGUUCUGCGAUCAUCUCAGUACCAGAUUCACUGUUUGAUGGCUUUUCGAAGAUGAUAAGUCGACGUCAACCAUCUGAUCGAUCAGAUGUCAAUGGCAACGCACAGACCACCACUGCAGCGACAAGUAGCACAAAUUCGCGUUUCUCUACUUCCAGUGACACCUACACCUCUAACCUCUUCAUUCUUGACCAGACGGACUCGGACAACAUUCCAUUCCGCCUACUCUUCAUGCUCGUCGACGAGGUGUUUAGUCUGCAGCGCAAGACGCAACUCUUUCGUCGUGGUGCCCUCACUAUCCUGCGCAAUAUCGUGCAGACCUUCUUUGGGGACAUCAUGAAUCGUCGAAUCGUUGAAAAGGCGAAACAUCUAAUCAGUGCGAAGAAAAUAGCAACCUACGCAGAGAUGUUUCGUGAUGUCGUCUGGCCCAAUGGCUCCCAGGUGAAUGGGCGUUCGGGGAAUGGUGACACAGAGGAACCACCAAUCCGGGAUGAGGCCAUGAAACUGAGGACUCGUGUCCUCUGUCGUGCUGUUAUGUUUGGUAGUGUAGCUGAGGAAUUGGCCUCGUACCUUGGCGUGGAGACGACACGGGAGGGUGUUCAACGCGUGUUUGAUCUUCUUCAACAACCCUGUCUCAAUCGGCGUCUCGUGCACUGUCUCCUUGAAGGCGUCACACGUCUUCUACUGCCCGAAUAUGCUGAUCAGUUGAAUGAUAUCUACGCCCAGGACAACUGUCGUUCUACGUGA